AUGGGUGUGAUAGCAGUCGCUGGUGGUACAGGUGGCAUGGGUAAGGCUAUCGUCGAACAACUUCAGCUUACCAAAAAACAUCCUUUCAUCAUUUUAAGCAGAAAGAACAAUGCACCAUCAUCCCAUCGACCUCUCGUCCAGGUUGACUACGAGGACGUGGAAUCUUUGGUCAAAGUAUUGGACUCGCACAAGAUCGAAACAAUCGUCAGUGCCAUCUCCAUGCACUCCGAGCCCUCGUUCAAGUCGCAACUUAACUUGAUCGAUGCGGCAGAAGCGUCAAAGACGGCCCGGCGCUUCAUACCCAGCGAAUUCGGAGUUCUCAACAGACCUGAAGACGGCAGAGAUGAAACCUUUCCGACACCGUGGAUCAAAACUGCUGAGAGGCUGAAGAGGUCUAAUUUACAGUACACGCGCUUUGUGAAUGGCUAUCUCAUGGACUACUGGGGGAUGCCUCAUUUCCCCAGUCACAUGUCGCCAGGCCUUUGGUCAAUCGACGUCUACAAUCGACGGGCUGUGAUUGCUGGCUCUGGUAACGAUGUCAUCAGCUUGAUUCACUCAAACGAUGUCGCACGAUUCAUUGUUCGUUCGCUCGAAUCCGAGGACUGGCCCGAGUACAGCAUCGCUGUCGGUUCCGAUGUGACUUUGAAUGAGGCUUUGGCCAAGAUUCAAAACGUUCGAGGGGGCAUCUUCGAUGUAACACACGACAGCGAGGAGAAAUUGAGGAACAAUGAUGCCACUCUUUUGGAGGACUUGGAAGGAGAUGCGGCCCUGCGGAUGAAGCAAAUGACAUCGUUUUUUGGGCGACUUAUCAUCGGUCAUUUAAUGGAGAUGCCAAAAGAAAAGCGGAUGAAUGACAAGUUUCCGGACAUACGCCCCGUAAGUGUCGAAGAGAUGAUAGAUAAAUCUUGGAUGGGAAGGUAA